UAAAUUACAACAGCUGCAUAAAAAGACUACGCGAGUGAGCCGGUUUAAAGGUCUCGUCCAAUAACUACUACUACUACCAUUACUUGAUCAUUGAUGUUUCUUACGGUAACGUCUUCCAUAACGUGAUGUCUUCUAGAUGGUACCCGAGAUAUUUCAAAGGAAAUCCUCAGUUGAGGGUUUUUAUGCCAAAUUUCUUCAUGAAGCUGGUUAAACCAGAGGUACCACAGCCACCAAAUGUUGUUCAUUUUAUUGUUUCAACAGAAAUGAGCAAAUACGAUAUUAAAAAUUACCUGGAAAAAAUAUAUAAAGUUCCUGUUGAUAGUGUGGUAACUUAUAACAAAAUGGGUAAGACAAAACGAAGCACUGUUGGGGGAUACAUCAUCAAGGAUGAUGACUACAAAUUAGCUUUUGUUACUCUGCCCAAAGGAGAAACAUUCGAGUUUCCAGAUUUAUUCCCAGAGGAGAAGGAAGCAGAGGUUAAAAAGCAACAGGAACAAUUGGAAGUUUUAAAGAAAGAAUGGAAUCAAUUGGCCAAGAAAAACCAACAUCGAAAAGGUGUUCCAACAUGGCUAGGAUUGUAAAGAUUCAUCUUACAUGGACAAGGUGACCAAGACAAACACUUGACAUAGUUGAAAGAUGAUGUUCUCCUGUCCCAUGCAGAAGACAGACCUACCGCGUCACACCAUGCUGUCUUCCUUUCUUACAGAAGAGUCAAAACACCAGUCAGUACCAAAAUCAAGCAAGCCAAAGUAAUCAACAAGCAUUCAGUGAAGAAAGAAAUAAAACUUUCACUUCAAAAACAAAAGCCCUGUUCAUAAGCCAGCAGAAGUGUGGCCAAAGAAACAGUAAAUGAACAAAGUCGUGAGUGGAUGGUACAUCAAGUCAUCUAUUACUAGUCAAUUAUCUUGGUACCAAGCUACAAUGAACAGACCAGUUUUUAUCCUUGUACAAACAAUUAAUCUUUUGACACCUCUAAAGGUGAAAGGACAAUAUGAAACAUACAUACUAUGCGGUUACAUAUUUUACAAUGAAAAUCGCUGUUUCUUUUGUGGCAAAAUAGGCAAAUGUAGGUAUGUGAAAGAAGGGAGAUGAGCAUCAUGUUAUAGUUUGCAUUUCCUCAUUGGGUGAUUAGAAACUUUUGAAGCACUCAUCCAACUUUUAUCAACUUUUUUUUUUUUUGGGGGGGAGAGGUACUCGGUAAUCAACAUAAGAGAGUC